AUGGGCCACAAAGGCCCCAAUGGCUCCAGCACCCCCCAAUCAGCCGGCCGUUCCCGCUUCUCAAAAGCUUUGCCGGCGCCUCCUUCCCUCCCCAGCUUUGAGUUCGAAUCGCAGCCGGGCCUUGAUCUGGAUCUAUCGUCUCCUCUGUCUCCGCUUCCUCAAGUGCCCGAGAAGCAGCUGGCCAGUCACACGCAAGAGACAUCGGGGCUGCCUACCCCGUCCCCGCUUCUGGCCCGGGUCCCUCGGGUUCCUGUUGCUGCUGGGUUGCCCGCUUCACCUUCUCCUUCAUCUGCAUCAUUUUCUUCUGUGAAUCCUCCAUCGUCCAAGAAGAACGCGAGCAGAAGCGAUACAGCCAGCGGAACAGCAAGCUCAUCAGAGAAAGUGGGGGAAGCUGCUGGUGGUAGGGCCGUGUCCGCCAACCCCCAAGACCGGGAUUCUCUGCCCGCACCGCCCCUGCCGCCGAAAUCUUCACCAUUGCCGUUAGAAGCCAUGAAGUGGCUGCAAUUCCCGCGUCGCCGGCCUGUUGGUGGUUCAGCAGAGCCGCCAGCAACCGGUCAGGCACCGGCGCCGGCUCCUGUAUCCGUACCUAGGCCCGUACCAGCACCCGCACCAGCAUCGGCACCAGUACCAGCGACUGCCACAGUCCCUGCGCCACUCCCUUCUAUGCCAACUCAGGCCUCGAGUGUCAGCCCGGCAUUGGCUCCCCCUAGAAACGCGGCGCCCUCGCCGGUAGGAUCGAUCUCGAGCCUGUUGUCGGCGUACUCAGAUCAUAACCAGUCCACUGACUCCGGCCAGCGUCCCUCAACGACGGGCUCGGAGAGCGCCUAUUCGCUUGUGUCUCCCGGACUCGACACACAAAGCAGUAGCACAAGCCUGGACGCACGCUCCCAACCAUCGUGGGCUGUUCCUUCGUCGUCCUCGUUGCUGUCCUCAACUUACUAUUACCAUACCCAGGCCCGCAGCGAACCGGCCGUCGACCAAGCUUUCUCUCCACCGCCUCCGCCGCUGAAAAAUGCCAAUCGUACCGGCUCGCGGCCCCAGACACCCACCAGCACACCAGCCCAGGCCGUUGAAUCACCUACGCCGAGAAAGCGGGCGUCGCCACAGCAGCAGGAACAGCUUUGGAGGCGCCGCUCCAUCAAAGCCGACAAAAGCUUCACUGUCUCAAAUCUGAACCUUGUCGAGAGCCACGGCUCGACCGCCGCAUCGACACAGGAUUCGUCGCAGUCUGUUCGCCCUGAUUCAUCUGAAUCUCGAUCAUCUGAACCGAAGUUAUCCGAACCAAUUGCAUCAGCUCCAAACCGAGCCCCGCAUGCUUGGGGCCCUAUUCCUGGCCUUCCUGGGCGCCACGUUCGCCCACAACCUACCAACUGGCCUUUCGUGUCGCAUGGGGACGAUAGCAUGGGUCAAGAGGUUUCUCAACUCAAGGAAAAGCUGGGAAGCGGGCGUAGGCCCGGCAGCAGAGAGGAACGACCGGUGAUUGCCCCCGAAACGCAGCCAAUGCCGAACACAGCGCCAGUAGUCUCCGCGCCCGCUGUUCCUCCUCCAUCAGCUUCCCGCCUGCCUACUCCAGAGUAUAGCUCGGGCGACCUCAGGAACCCCUUGCCACACAAUGGGGUCUCUCCAAUUUCUCCAGCGCCAUCUCCUUAUGUUCCUGAAGACGCAAAAGUGCGUUCAAACUUGGCAGGUCAAGAGUCUCACAUGAUACAUCAUGCGCGCAGUUCGCCUUCGUUGGCGUCCCGGACUAGCAACCCGGCCUUCAAUGCGCAGUCGCCGCUGGGAAUGUCUCAGUACCCGCCGCAAGAACAAUAUGGAGCCGAAACACAGCCCCGGCCACAUACAAGCAGCUCUUCUCGUGGGAAUGACGAGCUCUUCAUGUCAGUCCAACAUGCUCCUCGAGAACCCGUUCCUCCUCUGCCCGACCCCCAAAUCGCACAGCCGUACCGGGAUCGCUGGACUCCUAGCCCGCGAAAUUCGAAGCCAGUCUCCGAAACAGGCUCAGUCAAGACUUUGCGUUCACCACCCCCUCGCCAGGGCAUGAGUUAUUUCCCGUCUAUUGAAGAGCUCCCCUUGCGCGAGCCGGAUCCGAACGCACCGGACACGACGGACAAUCCCGGCGCUGCGCUCUUCCCGCGCAACUGGUACGCGCCUCGACCAGCUGAUGACAUUCCUGACCCGUUGCCGCUUCAGGACAAGCAUUUCGACUGUCUGACACAGCAUCGGUACAUGACGGCGAAUAAGCAGAAAACGAAUCCACGGGCGUGCCGAACCUGUAGGCAUAAAGAUCGCAAUGCUGAGUCCUAUAUAUGCUCGUCGUGCUAUCUCAAUGUCUGCUCCGGUUGCAGCGGGCUGCUGAAGCGGUUCAAGGGCGACCUUGGGGCUGUGCUGCAAUAUCUUGAAGAGAAGAAUGCCGAGAGAGGAGAAAAGGCACGCAGCUUGGAACAGCCGAUCAGCGAGCCGGAGAACGCCGUCGGCGGGCAAGCGCCACAGUUUGGUGAUCAGCAGAGGGACGUUGAGCCGGAGUCCGUAACUUCUGCUAUCUUGGACGAGAGAGAGUCGGCCACUGCCACUGUGCUUUCUGGAAGAAACAAGCCGACUUGCUUCUGCCAAUGCAACGCUGCCAAGCAGCCUCAGGAAACUCCAGGCUGCCCCAUCCCCCACACCCCGCCGUUUGCCCAGCUGAGUGCCGAGAGCCUGGGCUCGGCUGCAAGCCCAGCGACUUCAGUGGGCCAGCGCGCUGCCACUCGGCAACGUGGCCCACUAGCCAAGCCGCUAGCAACCGCUAAGGUUGCAGCAUCAGGCCCCUGGACGCAGGCCCGCAGCAGGUGUGCUGUCAGUGGUGGGAAGCAGCAAUACCAGUUGGACGAAGACUUGCGACUUGUCCCGUCAACUUCGCUUCCCACCGCAUCGACCAAGCCUCACCUCCCCUCGCCUCAACUUCACCUCCCUUCCGACGUCCUCGCAACAAACUCGGCAUCGCUCAACAUAUCCGAAGAUCGCAUCUAUGUCGUCACGCGACCGCAAUUGAGAGACAAGAAGCAAGCCGAUAUGUCGUCCAGCAGCAUUAGCGCGACCCUCGCCCGCGCACGAUCGCUGCGCAAGCCCUCGUCCGCCAAUUUCAAGAGCGACUCUUCUGGCAGCGGUGAAUCUCCUUCCCCAGGCAAACCAGCUGUUAAUGGCAACAGGGAGCGCUCGACCACCGUUUCGUCAUUGUCAUCAGGGUCUAUGGCGACGACAACGACCACAGCGACGACGACGCAUGGGAUAACCUCUAGUGCGCCGAAAGUUGGACUCCGACGAGCGGUUACAGUCACCGCUACGACGACAACUGCUCCUGCAAGAACAGGCACGCCGGUCUCUGCCGCGGCUGCUGCGAGAAGACCUUCAGAGCGUCCGCGGUCAGAAGUGUAUGGACGCACGACUUCCACGAGCCCGACGUCCACCAAAAAGGACCGGGCUGAGUCGGGAGUAGAUACCGGGGCCGGCACUCGGACGACCCUCAGCCGUGUGCCCUCGAUGCGCUUCUCCGCUACCACGCCGAGUUCUAACAGACCGGCUACCUCAGGAUCCGUCUUGACCUCUACUAAUGGCAAAGAUGCCUUUACAUCAGUGGUUUCAAGGCCGGUUACUUCGGCAGGAGUGUCGUCCUCGCGACAGCGUGUGUCCAGCAGCAUCGGCAAUAGCACAGGCACCACUUCGACAGCCAGCAGACAUAUCCGAGCCAAGUCAUCCAUUGCGGCACUUUCGAGCGUCACUUCGACUGCCACGGGGACGAUUACGGGGACGGCCACGACGGCGGCGACUGGCCGCCCAUCCUCACAGUCUUCAAAUGCAACAUCGAGAUCAUCAGUCUCAACCAAUGCCGGAUCAAAAUCUGGAACGGGAUCUGGGACGGGGGCAAAGACCAAUGGGUCUAGCUCUUCUGGGUCAGCAUUAGCAGCAAAAGAGACGGGAAAAGGCAGCAGCAGUACGAGCGGGGCUGGUCCAAAGAAAGCACGAACUAUUGUCAUCGCAGGGCCAUCAACGAGAGUGAAACUCCCCCCGCCCCCUCCAGGGGCAGGGACCGAUCGCUCCAAGACGACAAUGAACACCUUGCUCCGCCGUGUCACGGCUGCAGGACUCUCGUCUUCAGACGCUACUGUGACUGCUAGCACAGCACCAGCGCCCAAAUCCGGCACUACUGCUACAAGCGCCACCCGGACCAGGCGAGCCUCACUGACCGGCCCGCCCGUAGCAGCAUCUCCCGCGAAACCAGCAACAGACCAACAGCCCACGCUAACAUCUAAGCCCUCCCUGGCCAGCAUUCUCGCACCGCCCACGCCAUCCAAGCUCCCCGCCAACGUGGCCCUUUCCGCCGAGGUAUCCCGCCUGCAGGCCGAGCUGCUACAGCUGCACGUACUGCAUCGCGCCGCGGCACCGACGCGUAAGCAGUGGGAAGAAAGCGCGAGGGAGAAGUUGCGGGUUAAAUGGGAGCACGUAAGGGCGCAAGAGAAAGAAGUCCGGGACUUGGAGGCGCAGGUCGAGUUUGAGCGCGGCCUAGACGAUCUGCUGAGAUGGGGGUAUACCCCUGGGAGCGGAGCACGCGGGUUAGAGGAGAAGGUUGCGAUGCUGGAUGAGGUGCUCUGCGGGGUCUGGGGUCUUGGGGAGAGGUAUGAGAGGGUUGUGAGGGGGUUCGAAAAAUGGGUUGGCGGCGUGGAGGAGGUGAGGCAGAGUCAAGCAGAGUUUGUUGCUCGGUUUGAGGAAGUCGAUGCGGAGCUUCUCGAUGCUGAUACCCUACUUUUGCCUGAGCUCUUGCCAGCUUGGCAUGCUGAACACUCGACCCUUUCCCGGCGGCUGGAGGACUAUCGUCGGAAGCUGAUCUCGUUGGGUAAUGUACCGCCGCCGCCGCCUGAUCCAGAACAUCCCUCUGACAAAGCCGGCAAGGAAUCAGAGCAGCCCCCCUCGAGUCUAGUACGCAUCCUUGCUGGGUGUCGUGCCCUUGUAAACGGCAUGCUCGACGAGCUGGACUUGAUGGAGGCAAUGGUGCGUGACGCGGCCGAGGAGGAGAUGGCCUGGGUGAGGGAAGUAAAUAGGAGAGAGGACGAAGGGGAGGGGGGAGCAAGGAAAGCUGGGGCAAUAUGGAGAGUGUUGUAA